ACACACACACACAAUCCAUUUACCCCCACUUGGAGGGGGAGGGGAGAACCUACGCUCUCCUGGGUGGAUUUCCCUGUCUGUCGCGCCACUUUGAGUAGAAAAGACAAGGGCAAUCCGAGUAUAUAGGUAGACCGUGUCCGAAAAAACUGCUCCUAAUCACCCUUCCUCCACCCCAGCAGACUGCGCGUCCAUCUACAUGAGCGGUGGCCGAAAGACGGGUGUCUACAGUGUCUGGCCCUCGCCGGGGGCUCAGCACGUCAACGUCCUCUGUGAGAUGGACACGGAGGGCGGCGGCUGGACGGUGAUCCAGCGACGGCAGGACGGGUCCGUGAACUUCAGCCGGACGUGGGGCGAGUACCGGGACGGCUUCGGGAGUCCGCGGCGUGAGUUCUGGCUCGGAAACUACCACAUUCACCGGCUGACGAGCCGUGGCCCCUGUGUACUCCGCAUCGACCUGGAAGAUUGGGAUGGCCGGCGCAAACAUGCUUUCUACCAGCGCUUCAGGUGGGCCUGGCCCCAGGGACCUGUUCCGGACCACCUGUCCGCCUCCCCCAGCCCCUCAGACCUCCCUCUCUGGCAGGGGGGUCCGAAGUGGGCCGUGCAUCCAGCCCAGGCUCCCAACUGCCCGGUCGGCCUCCCCAGCAUCGAGGACGAGGCCAACGACUUCCGCUUGAACGUGGCUGGCUUUAGUGGCACCGUCCAGGAUGCGUUGGCCUGGUACCACGACAAACGCGGCUUCAGCACACCCGGCUCGGGCAGCCUCUGUGCCGACCUCGCCCGCGGCGGCUGGUGGUAUCACCAGUGCUUCUUCUCCAAUCUGAAUGGCGUCUACUACAAGGGCGGUCAUUAUACAGCCCAGAGCCAGGGAGGGCUGGGUCCCGAUGGCAUCGUGUGGUUCCCGUGGAAGAACACAGACUACUACUCCCUGAAGAAGACCACCAUGAUGAUCCGGCCCAGAGCCUUCCGGCCUCACUUCUCCCUGUGA